GCGACGACCACCCAGACGGUCGACGCUCCCAAGCCCGAGCGCCCCGCCCCCGGCACCCGCAUGCCCUCCCUCAACCAGCUUGCCGCCCGUAUCAAGCUCGACGCGCCCUCCGCCGCCACCGCCGGCAACCGCCCUCGCCUCGCCGCCUCGCUUCUCCGCACGUCCUCCGCGAGCUCCAAUGUCUCUGCAGCGGCCUCCGCGACCGACUCCGUCACCGUGAUCCCGCCGACUUCACGCUCCGAAUCUCCCGCCGCACUCUCCAUCUCCCCGCCCCGUAGUGAUGCCGGUACCCCGCAACCUGACGAGAGCGACCCUCUCACGACGGAGAAGCUCGAUGAGCUAAACGAGGAGACCGCGGCCGCCGCUGCGAAGGACAAAGAGACGAAGCCGAAACAGAAAAUGCCGAUGGGGUACAAGAACAUCCCCAGUCUAGACGCGAUUACCGCGCGCCUCGCGAAGGCGAGGACGCUCAGUGUCGACGGCUCCGCGAAGCCUCCAGAGGCGGAGACGAUCGAGGACCCUAAGACUCCUGGGCUGCGUAUCAAGGCCCCGGAGCACCCUCUUGAGCACACCUGGACACUGUACCACGACACAAAGAACAAGGUGCCAUUCACGCCCGCGACGGCCACCGUCCAGGAGCCGCCGGGCUCGGCGCACUUUAUGGCGCCCGACACAGACGAGUACGAGGCAGGGCUGACCGUGAUCGGCGAGUUCGACACGGUCGAGACGUUCUGCCGGUACUUCAACUGGCUGAAGCCGCCGUCGAAGCUCGAGCGCAACUCGAACUACCACAUCUUCAAGUCGGGCAUCAAGCCGAUGUGGGAGGACGAGGCGAACGCGAACGGGGGCAAGUGGGUGCUCACGAUGAAGAACAACCCGCAGCUGCUCGACCGCUGCUGGAGCUGGCUCGCGAUGGCGCUCGUCGGCGAGGACCUCGACGAGGGCGACGAGAUCUGCGGCGCCGUCGUCUCGCUGCGCAGCAAGGUCGACCGUAUUCAGGUCUGGACGCGCUCGAAGGAGGACGUCGAGAAGAUCAACGGCAUCGCGCGCAAGAUGGUUAAACUCCUCGACGUCUCCGAGGCGGACGGUAUCGGUCUCGAGUUCCAGUAUAACAACGAAGAGCGACCCACAGCGAAUAAGUUCCUCUCCAUCCAGGCCGUGCCGCAGUCCUCUUUCCGCACCUCCUUCGCAGGCAAGCCGCCUGGGUUCAACAGCCCCGUCGCCGGCCCGGGAGAGGGCCCGCAGGUCGGCGGCGCUCCCGGCGCAGGCCCUGGUGGUGCGUUCGCCGGCUUCGGUGUCGGAGGUGGUGGCGUCCUUGGCUCAGGAUGGCGAGGCAAGCGUUCGGCAUGAGCACGCGUCAGUGCCAGUGCUCCUCUAAUUCGUGGUGGUGGGCACGUGCGGGGUAGACGUCAGGAAAUGGAAAGGAUCGUCGCGGUCGGGCUGUGUGCUGUGUAGGUCAGGACGGCAGUGAACCCAAGAAGCGUGUACGUGUACGAGGAAAGCAAGGAGGCCUUGGAGGGCCGGACGGACUCCGCGCUGUGGCAGUCUUGAUCUUGGUGUAACGCAUACAUCCAUACAUACGUGCGCGCUCGGGUCGCCCGAGGCCGGGGGCAUAAACAGAAGUAUUUAUUCAGAACGUAGUGUAGCAGCCAUACAACACGCAAUUCGAGAAGCCUAAA